CUUCAUUAGGCGGCGACGCGUGAAACUGUCGUCGCUGGAGAUGCUUGCGGAAUGCCCGUGCGGUGACAGGGCCAUCAUCCGCUGCCUCGGUCGAAUCUGGUGGCUGUUACAUCUCUUUCCUCCUUUACCCCUUUGUGUCACUAGCCUCGUCGCCGGCGUGGGGCCCCGCCGCCGCUAGAUCCAGCCACCCUGGUGUCGGGUCUUCGUGCCGACGGGCUCUGCGCGCGAUGGCACUCGUAGCGCGGCGCGCGGCGUCGCUCAUGGCGCGGCACCAGCAGCUUGCCUAGUGCGCGGCGAGCUCACGACGCCGCGGCUCGCGCGCGCAACGGCGUGCCCGCCUUGCGGUGGCAGCUCGGCCCUCGCCGCUAUAGCAGGCGGCGGGUGUCCGCUUCCAUGGAUCCGACCUCCUGGUCCUCGUCUUAUCGGUCGUCGUCACCAUCUGAUCUAGGACCCGAUGGCCCGAGCCUCCUCCAUCGUCGCCAAACGAGGCUUGAGGGUACCAAGCGAAAGCAAUGCCAGCGUGCAGACGACGACGCUGACCUACUUAGGCUAAAUUUUCCUCACUAUAUUAAUUUUUUUGCGUCAUAUCAUCAACAUUUUAUCCCCUGCGUUUUUAUCUUUCGCAGCGGUUUUCUCUAUAUUUUUCACCUAUACCACACUACAACCAUAAAAUAUCAUUUUCUAUAUCUAAUUUUUAUCUACUAUCAAUUUUUUAUCUACUACUCGUAGAUCCACUACUACAAGAAUGAACAAUGUUGUAGGUGUGUGAACAGUGACACACUAUAUCGAGAGGGAGAGAGAAGGUGACUGACGCGUAGGGGCCUACAGGGGGCAGGGCUGCGAGCAUGGGGCGCCCCCUGCAUGCGCCAUGCAAGGGAAGAGGGCUGGCCGUUGCAGCCAGCCUUAGAGGCUUCAUCAAGAAACCUUUCUCCUUCCUGCAGGGGCAGCGCUGCGGGCGCAGGGCGCCCUCUCCAUGCGCCAUGCAAGGGAAGAGGGUUGGCUAGCGGCAACCGCUGCAGCCAACCUUAGAGGCUUCAUCAAGGAACAUUUCUCCUUCUUUAGGUCCAUUUUUAUAGUUAAUCGUCGCAGCAUGAGUCCUCCAUGAUGACACCUGAAGAAGGAGAAAGGUUCUCUGAUGAUGCCUCUAAGACUGUCUCCACCAACGUUCUCUAAAUUCAAUCUUCU